UCAUCUGGCAAGGGAACUCUUGACAGUCUAAUUGCUAAAUACAUAGUUUGGGUAAUCCAAUAAAGCAGUAAGCCUCCGUGCCGGCCUUUGUCUCGCCUCACUCCCUGACUGGAACACACAGAGACCAUCCAGCAAGGACAGAAGCCGCAGUGGCGCAACGGGUUAAACCCUUGUGCCGGCUGAACUACUGACCUGAAGGUUGGGUGGUUGACCUGAAGGUUGCCAGCUUGAAUCUGCGAGAUGAGGCUGGCGAAAUCCUAGACAUCAAAAUGACAGAACGCUUUGACUGCCAUUACUGCAAGGAGACUCUGUUUGGCAAGAAGUACAUCCUGAGGGAGGACAACCCCUACUGCAUCAAGUGCUAUGAGAGCCUGUACUCCAACACCUGUGAGGAAUGUAAAAAGCCAAUUGGCUGUGAUUGUAAGGAUCUAUCCUACAAGGACCGACAUUGGCACGAAACCUGUUUCCACUGCUUUCAGUGUAAGAACUCUUUGGUGGACAAACCAUUUGCUGCAAAAGAAGAGCAACUUCUCUGUACCGAAUGUUACUCAAAUGAAUAUUCCUCCAAGUGUAGCGAGUGCAAGAAGACCAUCAUGCCAGGUACACGCAAGAUGGAAUAUAAAGGAAAUAGCUGGCAUGAGACCUGCUUCAUCUGCCAUCGGUGCCAACAGCCCAUUGGGACAAAGAGUUUCAUCCCCAAAGACAAUCAAAAUUUCUGUGUCCCCUGCUACGAAAAGCAGUUUGCUAUGCAAUGUGUCCAGUGCAAGAAGCCAAUCACUACAGGAGGAAUUACUUACCGGGAGCAACCAUGGCACAAGGAGUGCUUUGUAUGUACUGGGUGUAAAAAACAGUUGUCUGGACAACGUUUUACUUCCCGGGAUGAGUUUGCCUAUUGCUUGAACUGCUUUUGCAGCCUCUAUGCUAAGAAGUGUGCUGGAUGCACUAAUCCAAUAAGUGGACUUGGGGGUACCAAAUAUAUCUCCUUUGAGGAACGCCAAUGGCACAACGAUUGCUUCAACUGUAAGAAGUGCUCCCUGUCAUUAGUGGGACGUGGUUUUCUUACUGAAAGAGAUGAUAUCCUGUGCCCGGAGUGCGGGAAAGAUAUUUAGAAGUAAUUUUUAAUAGCUGUUCUUAUAAAUGCAUAUAUUUUCCAAAAUGAGUAAUAACAUUUAUGGGUUGUGAUUUGAUGUGAAAAAUGUGGUGUUUCAUUGUUACAUUAACUCAUAUAUAUACUCAUCAGUUAAUUUCUUUCCUAGAUGGUAGCAAUGCAUUAGAGAAGGAAAGGGCAUAAAGGGAGGGAAGGUGAUUUUGACAUGAAUUCAUAGACAGUAAAUUUAAUACAGGAAUCAUUUACGAGUUGUUCAGACAUUAUUUCUUUUUAGCAGAUGGAUGCAGUGUAAAACUAAUAUACUUUUCAAAAUGGGGCUUACCAUGACUCCUGUUUUGAUAAAGAAACCUGAUUAUUUCAUGGCAGAUGUGAAGGGGAUUAUAUGUAGGAAAUACAUAGAAUGUUUUGUGUCUCAUGCCUUAAAAUAAGGGAUUAAGGCUGCUGUUCUGUGCAUUGUUACAUUGGAAUAACUCCCACUGAACUCUGUGGGAUUGUCUCUAAAUAAACAUUCACAGGAUCAGAUUGCAUGAAAUUUAAAUGGAACACAUUAUUCCACAAUAUUGCAAUAUCAUUGCACAAAGUAUGUUUUCAGUUUCUGGUACUUGUUUGGAAAUGCCACUGCGCCGCGUAUUUUAUCAAGAGAAUUUUAUUUCUAAUCAGCCUACUGUAUUUUGGUGAAAGUUGAUGUUUUAAAAUUUACUUCUAAUAAAUAUUAGCAUUUAGAGAAA